UCGCCAAAUUGCUGGUUCUUGCUAGUUAUUUAAUAUGUUUGAUGACGAUGAACUGUCAGACUAGAAACUAGCUACUGAGAUACUUGAAAGCUCAUUACUGAUGCAUCUCAUAGAUUAGCUUUGCAAAGCUAUGCAUGAAAUAUCAUAGACAGACGGUGGAACGGCGGGAAACUUUUCCGGAAGUGUGGACAGCUGGUCGAUCCUGUGGAGAAGUAGUAUUGUGCAUACACACUUCAGACCUACCAUAGUUUUUCCAAUACGUAGCUAAUGCAUGACUGGUGACUUCCUUUCGGUAUUUUCUACACUCGUCAACAUGGCGCCCAGGCCCAACUUGCUGUUCCUCCGGCUAAGUGGCUUGAAUAGUACUGCAUUCAUGGAUGGCACUGGCUUCCGAAUACAGAAGAUGCGUCGGCCGAAGUGGUGGGUUCGUAUCCAAGGCGCAACACUACGGCACACCAUGCAUGCACUGAUUUUGGCUGGAGGCCUUGCCAGUCAACUUUUUACGUACGAAUGUAAAAGAGUCUCAGGACAGAGUAUAGCAGAGUCUAAGCGGAUACCCCGAUCGAUGUCGGGCUCGGUUCUGAUGAGUCCAAGGUGUGGCUUUGGGCUAACUUGACUGCAGUCGCGCACCGAGG